CAGCGAGAUCAGUCGUAUUUUGAAGGAAUUGAACUACGGGAUGGUGCACGGCAGUAGUCGUCGUUGUCGUCGAGUGCGCACAAAUUAGUGUAUUUCGUGAUUGAUAGACAAACAAUUUGGCCGUGAUUGGUACCGCGCGUCGUCGGGAAUAAUAUCAAUCGUGUUCGGUGACACGCGGAAGGAGUGCAUUUUGACUAUAAUAGAGGGAGGCGCACGUGAAGCGUUUCCAAGUGGCAAUUUUACUCGAAAGAGAGUGCGAUUCGGAACCAUUGGCCCGCGAGCCAACGCAUAUCUGCGUAAUAUUCCUGGUGUGUACAAACACGGCACAGCAGGAUUUUGUGACCGUGAGUUUCUGCAUCCCUGGAGCUUUCUCCCUGGCCGAGUGCGUGGGAAGAAGAUAAGUGAUCUUUUGGUGGUUUAUUUAGACUUUGGAGCAAUAGCGAGUGCGUAUGUGUGUCUGUGUCUGUGUGAAGCAAUAGUGUGACCUCUUUAGCCGCGAGUGCAUAAGCCAGAAGCUAUCGCUCCGUGUGUUGAAUAUUAUUAUUGCUUUGGUGUGCAGCAGCAGCAUAUAUUUUUUUCUCGUGUUCGUUUUCUAUGUGUACAACACUAAUCACCAGAGUAGCGAGUAGCGAGUGGAAGGAAAUUUCAGCGGGUUUCGUAAUAUAGCGAGAUCUUGGUAUGUGACAUCGCGGGGUCUCUGGAAUCGGUCGACGGAAAGCGAGAUUCGGAUCGGUGCAUUAUUUUUGUUGUUAAGCUGCUUCUGGAGCAUUACCGGAUAAGAUUUAUUAUCAAACCGAAACGGUGGGAAAGAGUGAGCAAGUGUGAGCGAAUAGAGAGAAAGAGAGUGUAAGGAUCGUCGUUGUUUAUCGCCUUGGAUUACUUUCCCGAGCGACAAGCAAAGGGUCAAUUGGUGAAGUUUUUGAAGCAAGAGGUGGAAGACAACAAACAAAAAUGACGAAAACGACCACCGCUAAACCGAAGCCUGUAAAAGAGAAACGAAGGAACAACGAGAAACGCAAGGAGAAGUCCCGCGAUGCGGCCCGCUGCCGGCGGUCUCGCGAGACGGAGAUCUUCCAGGAGCUGGCGGGUCUCCUUCCGAUGCGCCAGGAGGAUGUUGACCAUCUGGAUAAGGCGUCCGUGAUGCGUCUGUCGAUUGCGUAUCUCAGAGUUCGCGAUAUGCUUGAGUUGUUCCCAACAUCAAGUGGCAGCAGCGGAGCUGCUGUGGCUGAGAGUGAAAUCAAGGAGGACGAUGCGGAGGGGGAGACCUCCAGAAACAGUGAUGAAUCCGAUGGGUCGGUUGGUGAAAAGAAACUCAAUCUUGGAGAGCUGACGCUGGAAAACGAAAAAUUCUUCCUCCAAACGUUGGAUGGUUUUCUGUUGGUUCUUUCGGCCGAUGGCGACGUAACGUACAUAUCGGAGAACGUGAGCGAGUAUCUAGGAAUUUCACAGAUCGAUGUGAUGGGCCAACCGAUCUGGGAGUACAGCCACCAGUGUGAUCACGAGGAACUGCGUGAGGCUUUGAACGGUCGUCACCACAGCCCCUCGGAGCUGUUGAAGGGUGUCACCAACAGUGAGUGUAAGCCGUUGGAAAAUCGCGACUUUUUCCUGCGUCUCAAGUGCACCCUGACCAGCCGUGGGCGGAGUGUCAACAUCAAGAGCGCUUCGUACAAAGUUAUCCAUGUCACGGGGCACAUCGCGUGCAAGGAGAAUGGCCAGCGCCAGCUGGUGGCCGUCGCCAGACCCCUUCCGCAUCCUUCCAACAUCGAGGUCCCGCUGGACUCGAGCACUUUUCUGAGCAAGCAUUCGUUGGAUAUGAAGUUCAGCUAUGUGGAUGAUAAAAUGUUCACUCUUCUGGGAUACAAUCCGGCCGAUUUGAUGGGCAAACCAUUUUACGAGUGUCAUCAUGGCAUCGAUUCGGAGAAUCUGAUGGGAACCUUCAAAAAUGUGAUCAGCAAAGGCCAGAGCGAAACAGCCCGGUACCGGUUCCUGGCCCGUACCGGCGGUUACGCCUGGGUAGUGACGCAGGCGACGCUUAUCUACGAUAAGCAGAAGCCUCACAGCAUCGUUUGCGUCAACUACGUCAUCAGUGGUGUAGAGAACAAAGAUGAAAUUUACUCGUGUGCUCAACUGGAAGCACGUCAGCAGAAAUCAACUACGGAAUCAGUCGCUCCUCAGGCAACAACAACAGCAGCAGCAGUGUCCCAAGUUGCCGCAGUAGUUGAACUCGCGGUCGCCCCAAGUCGCGACAUUGUGCCGAUUUGUAGUGAUAAAGUGCUCAAAGAAAACGUCAAUCAUAAUAACACUAUCAAAGUCAAACCGCUGGUCAUUGCACCAGCGUCAGCAGCGGCAGCAGCUGUCAGCAAGGAUAAAAACAGUCCGUUGAAAGAAGAAGUGAUCAAAGUGAUUGGACCUGUGCCCAACGGUAGCACAACUGUCGUAAGAAAAGUGCCAUACGCUACCGCUACGCCGUCAACCGCACGUUCGGUCUCAGUGACCGCCUCGAUCUUCAAUACCGUAGCCAAGAAAGGCCCAACUCCGGCGGCGUCGUCGUCGUCGACAACAGCCACGCCACCGGCCCCAGCGGCUGAGAUUAAAUCUCCCGUUCGCAAGGUACCCCAAUCGGUAACUGCGAAACUGUUUGUGACCCUUAACCCCCAGUCCACAUCGACAACAUCAACACCGCCAUCAGCAGCAACAGCUGCCAACUGUAACAAGCCGAAACACGCUACCGAGAAGAUAUUCGCCCCCCGCACGAAAGAUAUGAACAAAGGGUUCUUGAUGUUCUCGGAAGAGGAGCCAGGAUUGACAAUGCUCAAAGAUGAACCGGACGAUCUGACCCACCUGGCUCCGACGGCGGGCGAUGCGUGCAUCCCACUCGAGGAAACCGGUCAGUUCUUCAACGAUGUUUUCGACGAUUUCAUGAUCCCCGAGAGCUACUCUUCGUUGCUCCAGGACGAGCUUAGCUCACUGGACAGUGCCGAACAUCGACUGGGAUCCACCGCCGCCAGUAUAGUGGGCCUCUCGGUGGCCUCCCCGAUCACAAUCAACGGGACAAUGAUUACGACGAUUUCCCACCAAUCACAUCAUCACUCGAACGACCACAACAGCCACCACCAGAACCAGAACAACAGCUCGCUCUCGUCACCCUCCUCGAUCACAUCCUCGUCUCCGGUGUCACUGGGCAGCCCCUCGUCGUCGUCGUCCAUCUCGUCCCGGGCCUCGUCGUCAAGCGGCAUCGGAUCAUCGGCGGCCAGCUCGGCGAGCUCGAAUUCCGUCAUUGGCGUCGGCCCGAGCAGCGGUCAAGCCGGCGCCAGCAGCAACGAUCCGUUCAUCAACUAUCGGGACGAGAUUGGCGAGAUCAGCCACUCGCCGCAUUUACUAUCGCCCGAGCUGUCCAAGAGCCCCGAGGGAAGCAGUAUUCCGUCGCUGUGCAGCCCAAACGGAUCGGGCUGCCCGGAAGAUGAGCUUGCAUUUAUGACCCUCAACAUGGACGACGAUUUGGACCUGUCGAUGCGGGCCCCGUACAUAUCGAUGAGCGAAGUCGACGACCUGCCGCUGUUGACGUCCGAGGAUCUGAUGUGGGGUGCCCCGCCGACAUCCAUCGAGCAGCACGCCAGCAGUCUCGCCAGCUCGAUCAAGGAGGAGUUCUCCGCCCACAACCACAAUCACAAUCAGCAUCAUCAAAGCCAGUCGGACGGGCACAAAUCGGCCACGGUCACGUCCAAUGGCCUUCGGAAUGGCCUUAAUAGCGGUAGCGGCGGCGGCGGUGGCGGUAGCAUUGACAGGGAAAACAAUUGCAAUAUCGGAAAUAAAAUCAUCGAUUCCAGCCUGGCGGCACUGCUCUGCGGAGGCAAUGUCAUCAACAUACAGACCUCGACAAUCCACCAGCAGCAAUCACAGAAUGAAGCCAGCAAUCGGCAGAUUCUGAUACAGCAGCAACCGCUGCAGCAACAGCAGCAACAGCAGGUGUUAGUGUCGGAAGUGCAACAGCAGCAACAGAGGGAAGUGAUCGGCGAGAAGAGGAUUAAACUGAUCGAAUCCAAUUUGGUGCACCCGAUGGUGGUUAUUUCACCCGGAUACAAAACCAGUAAGUUUGGAAGUAACACCAUCGAGGCCUGGACGAUGAACGAUCUGCUCCAGCUGAAUGGAACUGGCGGUGGCAGCGGCGGAACAUCGAACACCAAGCUGAACGCGACCCUAAUCGCGUCGAUCGUGUCCAAGAAAAAUUCCACCGCGAGUAACGGACAGAAUAACAACAAUAACAACAAUAGAUCAACACCACCGACGACGACGACGGCCACGGCAACGAUCCUGACCGGCUCCCACCACCACACCAACAAGCGCUCCCUUGCGACUUCGGACGCAGACGAUGGAUCCAGCAAGCGUGUCAAAUCGUCGCAAUCCUCUCCGACGGCGGCCUCGCCACAGCUACUCCAGCAACUGAUGGCACCCUCACCGAUACCGGCUAAGGCUAAAUCCAAGUCCAAAUCGGUUCUCGAGCAGUCGGCCGAUGGCCGAUGGCCAGCGACUGCCAAGGUGAACGGACUGCAGGGACAGGCCUCCAACUCGGUUCUCAUGAAUCUACUCGUCAGUGGAUGCGACAAUAACAUUCCCAAAUUCCCGCCGGAGAUUCUAAUAGCGAAGGAUGAGACCAGCCAAUCCACUAUACUCGAACCCAAUGAAUUGCUGAAGGUCGACGCCGGUGACGAUGACGACGAUGGGCCGCCCAUCCUGGCGAACCCGAUGCUGUGCUCAACAGCCGCUCCACUUACCAUACAAACGGACGAGCCCCCCUCAACGGUUCUCUUCGGCCGCAAUGUUGGUGAUGAUGAUGCCGCCCACGUAGCCACAGACGACGACUUCCUGAUGACGGUUUCACCAAAUCUGCUCACACCGACGGAUUUGGAGCUGUGGCGUGCCAUCCAGCAGCACGGUUUGGACCCGAAGCAAAUAUCUCCACUCCCUACACGUGGUGGCUAUGGUCUAUCGAAAGCUCCCAAAUCACUGACCACCAGUCCGACGGCCCAGCUAGAGGACCUGUUGCUACUUCCCGGCUGCUCGCCGAGACGUGGCCCCAAUUUGCUCUCAGUACUGGACCCGGCGAUGGCCAUCAGCACCGUCCGAGCCGACGGAGAGGAUAGCAACGGGCAGGACGAGGAUGAGGACUACGAGAUGACCAUACCGGUCAAUGAGAUAUUGCAGAAUAAUCUCAUUUGAUUGUGCGAGAAGCUCUAAGUUGAUUUACAACAAAAUUUUAUUUUAUUUUCACGUUACAUUGAUAUGAACAGAUUUCUUGUCCUAAGUGACACACACAUGUAACCGUAUUCUAAAUUUCCCUCAAUGCAGUUUUUUUCGCGGAACUUUUCUCGAUCUUUUGUAACAGUUCCAAACAAACGAUAAUGCUCACACACAAGUUAUAAACACAAACUUUAUUUUAUCCUGAUCCUUGAACAUAUGUAAUGAUGAAAAAUAAAACAAAAAAGCGAAAGCGUGAUACUGAAAAGGAAGCAAAUAGGUCGAGUGGAGAGUCUGUUAGGGGAUAAGCCAUUGUUGAAUCAUUAAUAAUUUCUAUGCUACGGUAGUUUUAGUUGUGUUUUCCCAUUUUUUUUUUCUUGGUACUGUGUAGAGAUUUUAGCAUUCUGUGUUUUUUUAGGAUAUAGUGUUCUCAAAUUCAAUUCAAUUUCUAGGUGACGGUAUAAUGUUAAUGGUUUCUUUCGUUUUAUGUGUUCUACGUUUGGCUAGCAUCAAUUUUUAAGUACAAUAACAUUUGUCUAGAUUAAGUUGUAACUAUCCUUGCUCUGUUUUUUUUGUUAGAUAAACCACAUAACCCAACAAUAUUUGAACAAAUUCGAACAAAAUAAUACUGGCAAAACAAAUAACAGUUACGGAUGUUUAUACAUUUCCAACAGUUGCAUUUUUCCAACCACUUUUAGUUUCCAAAUAGAUUUUGUUAUCUUUCAUCAACUAUUAGUUUUCGUGUUACCUCUUUUGUUACUUUGAAAAAUUUAUCUAUAAUUUACUCUACUAAAUAUUGCCAUUCAAUUUGAGAUGUUUAUACAAACUAAAUAUACACCGAUGUUUUAUAAGGAUAUAAUGAAACUCAUAUAUACCAUCGCGUGAAUUUGUGGCGAGGUAAUGUGUGUGCGAUUCCCAUGUACCACUAGCCGUAAUAAAGAGAAUUUAUAAUCGAUAGCCAUGUAAAGCAAAA